AAUGCUAGCCGGCGACGGAAUCGACCAUGGCCAUCGGAAUUUUAUUACUCACGGCAGUUGUUGCCCUCUUGGGUUACCUCUUCAUACGAAUGCACCAACGGCUGCACCAUUGGCAGAAUGCGGGAAUUCCCUGCGAGAAACCUAACAUCAUCACGGGCUGCUUGAGGGGCGUGCAAACUGAGCGAUCUUUUCUGGACAUUUGGAUGCAAUACUAUGAGAAAUUCAAGGGAACUGGACCAUUUGCAGGCUUUUACUGGUUCCAGCGUCCAGCUGCGUUUAUUUUGGAACCCUUUCUGGUGAAACACAUUCUGAUAAAGGACUUUAAUAAAUUCACUGAUCGAG